AAGAACCCAGGACUCGUCCUCAUCCGACGCACACCGGCAGCCGGGCUCUCCUCCGUGGCAGGCUCCCACCAUGCUACUGUGACUGCGUGCGCGUUUCUGCCCCCUCGCCGUCCUCAUUCUCCGCUCUCCGAACUGCUCAACUUCUCCUCAGCGCUCCUGUCAAACUGAAUCCCGACCUUGACAGCGUGCCGCGGAGAGGAACUUUACAGGAGGAGGAGGCUCGGAGAGAGAGUGUGUUUGUGCUCCGUAUCUGGCGCUCCUCUCCAGAAAGGAAACGGAUUCGAGGGAAAAAAAAAGUCUGUUUUGGAGAAGCUGGAAGCCACUCGGUCGCGGACCAGGCAGGGAGGCUGAAGUUUGAAGUAGUAGAAGAAGGAAAACUGCAUCUCAAGGACGAGGGUGAAAGAAAAAAAGUAUGAGGAGCCGCUUCGCCUCGUUACAGGUGCAGCGAGAGACUGGCUGUUUGGACUUAACCUGGAUUCGUCUGGACUGAGUUGCAUCCGUCCUCGGAGCAAAACGCACGCUGCUUUGGCACCGAAAGGAAAAUAUUUUGAGGAACUAGAGCGGACUGUAAAACAAACACAGACUGUUUGACCGAAUUUCUCCGGUCGCCAGAGGCUACAGCAGCAUUUUUAUUUUCGCGCUCCCGGGGUUCGGUGCGCUCUGCCCGAUUCGACUCCCAGAGACACGGAGCAGCGGAACCGGGACACCACGGCCACGACCUCCGCCGGGCACUUGUUGUCCAGUCUGCGCCCCCACACCCGCCGGUUUGGGACCAUGUUUGAGGAGUCCUGGAGCAGAUCGAUGUGGCGCGCCACAUGGAUUUUAUUUUUUCCUUACUCAUCCACUCCACGCAAGCUCAAGAUGAUGUGCCUCCCUACUUCAAGACGGAACCGGUUCGUAGCCAGCUCCACCUGGAACGCAACCGGCUGGUGCUGACCUGUAUGGCAGAGGGAAGCUGGCCGCUGGAGUUUAAAUGGAUCCACAACAGCACAGAGUUAACACGCUUUUCUCUGGAGUACAGGUACCUAAUUCCGUCGUUGGACCGCUCCCAUGCAGGAUUCUACCGCUGCAUCGUGAGGAACCGAGUCGGAGCUCUUCUGCAGAGGCGCACCGAAGUACAAGUGGCCUUUAUGGGCAGCUUCGAGGAGGGCGAACGCUCCCAGUCGGUGUCUCAGGGCGAAGGCGCCGUCGUUCCAGCGCCACGGAUUCGCAGCUUCCCCCAACCGCAAGUUACCUGGUUUAGAGACGGACGCAAGAUUCCACCCAGCAGCCGCAUCGCCAUCACUCUGGACAACACGUUGGUUAUCUUGUCUACGGUGGCUCCAGAUGCCGGACGCUACUACGUGCAGGCGGUAAAUGACAAGAAUGGAGAGAACAAGACCAGCCAGCCCAUCACUCUGUCAGUGGAGAAUGUCGGAGGUCCAGCAGAUCCCAUCGCCCCCACCAUCAUCAUCCCUCCCAGGAACACCAGCGUGGUCACCGGCACCUCGGAGGUCACGAUGGAGUGCGUCGCCAACGCCAGGCCUCUCAUCAAGCUGAGCAUCUCGUGGCGGAAGAACGGCGUGUUGGUGAGCGGCGGUUUGAGCGACUUCAACCGCAGACUGACCAUCCUCAGCCCGGUGGUGAGCGACGCCGGAUACUACGAGUGCGAGGCCAUCCUCCGCAGCAGCAGCGUGCCGUCGGUCAGCGCUGGGGCUUACCUGCACGUCCUCGAGCCGCCACAGUUCAUAAAGGAACCAGAGAAACACAUCACCGCUGAGAUGGAGAAGGUGGUGGAUAUUCCCUGUCAGGCACGAGGAGUGCCCCAGCCAGACAUCGUGUGGUACAAGGACGCCUUACCCAUCGACCCGGUGAAGACGCCCCGCUACAGGGUGCUGGUGGGAGGCAGCCUGCAGGUCAACGGCCUGCUGCCCGAUGACACCGGCAUGUUCCAGUGCUUCGCCCGGAACUCGGCGGGAGAAGUUCAGACCAACACGUACCUGGCGGUUACCAGCAUCGCCCCGAACAUCACAACCGGCCCGUCCGACAGCACCGUGAUCGACGGGAUGUCAGUCAUCCUGCACUGCGAGACCUCCGGAGCCCCGAGACCGGCUAUCACCUGGCAGAAAGGCGAGCGAGUGUUGGCCAGCGGUUCGGUCCAGCUGCCCAGGUUCACCCUCCUCGAGUCGGGCAGUUUGCUCAUCUCCCCCUCGCACAUCUCCGACGCCGGCACCUACACCUGCAUGGCGAGCAACUCCAGGGGCAUCGACGAGGCGUCCGCUGACCUUGUUGUCUGGGCUCGCACCCGCAUCACCACACCCCCGCAGGACCAGAGCGUCAUCAAAGGAACUAAAGCCAUCAUGGCGUGUGGAGUCACGCAUGACCCCAGUGUGACCGUCAGGCAUGUGUGGGAAAAAGACGGCUCGGUCAUCAGCGUCCAGUCCAUCCCUCGCAUGCGGCUGGACGUGGACGGCACGCUGCACAUCUCCCAGACGUGGUCGGGCGACAUCGCCACGUACACCUGCAGAGUCACCUCGGUGGGAGGCAACGACUCCCGCAGCGCACACCUCCGCGUCAGGCAGCUGCCCCAUGCCCCAGAGAACCCUACAGCCUUGCUGAGCAAAUCUGAAAAAAGAGCCAUCGACCUGGCCUGGGCCAAACCCUUUGAUGGCAACAGUCCACUCAUUCGCUAUAUCCUGGAGGUUUCUGAGAACAAUGCUCCCUGGGCCAUCCUGCUCGCCAACAUCGAGCCUGAGUCCACAGCGGUGACGGUCAACGGCCUGAUCCCGGCUCGCUCCUAUCAGUUCCGCCUCUGUGCCGUUAACGACGUGGGGAAGGGCCAGUUCAGCAAAGAGACAGACCGUGUGUCUCUACCAGAGGAGCCCCCAAGUGCUGCUCCUCAGAACGUCAUCGCCAGCGGUCGCACCAACCAGUCCAUCAUGAUCCAGUGGCAGCCGCCGCAGGAAAGCCACCAGAACGGCAUCCUCAGAGGCUACACCAUCCGGUACCGCCUCACUGGGCUGCCUGUCGACUACCAAAUCAAGAACAUCUCCAGCCCAGAUGUGACCAACCUGCUGCUGGAGGACCUCAUCAUCUGGACCAACUAUGAGAUUGAGGUGGCUGCUUACAAUGGAGCAGGUUUGGGAACAUUCAGCCAUAAAGUGACCGAGUGGACUCUUCAGGGAGUGCCCACCAUCGCUCCGGGUAACGUGCAGGCCGAGGCGGUCAACUCCACCACGAUUCGUUUUACGUGGACGGCUCCCAACCCUCAGUUCAUCAACGGCAUCAACCAGGGCUACAAGCUGCUGGCCUGGGAACCUGGCAAAGACGACGAAGUUGCUAUGGUAACAGUACGACCGAACUUCCAGGACAGCGUCCAUGUGGGAUAUGUGACAGGUCUGAAGAAGUUCACUGAGUAUUACACCUCUGUGCUGUGCUUCACUACACCCGGAGACGGCCCCCGCAGCCCGCCUAAAGCAUUAAGGACACAUGAGGACACGCCAGGCGCCGUGGGUCACCUGAGCUUCACCGAGAUCUUGGACACCUCGCUCAAAGUGAGCUGGAGCGAGCCCAGCGAGAAGAACGGCGUCCUCACAGGUUACCGCAUUUCGUGGGAGGAGUACAACCGAACCAACACCAGAGUCACCCACUACAUGCCGAAUGUCACCUUAGAGUACAGGGUCACCGGACUCACCGCCCUCACUACCUACACUAUCGAAGUGGCAGGAAUGACCUCCAAGGGCCAAGGCCAGCUGUCUUCAUCCACCAUUUCCUCUGGCGUCCCACCAGAGCUCCCUGGUCCUCCUACCAACAUGGCAAUCUCUAAUAUUGGCCCACGAUCCGUCACCUUGCAGUUUAAACCUGGAUAUGAUGGCAAAACUUCCAUUUCCCGCUGGCUGGUGGAAGCCCAGGUGGGUGUGGUGGGAGAGAAUGAGGACUGGGUGAUGGUCCACCAGGUGUCCAACGAACCCGAGGCUCGCUCCUUAGAGGUUCCAGGUCUCAACCCGUACACCUUUUACAGGUUCCGCAUGCGCCAGGUGAACAUAGUGGGCUCCAGUGUUCCCAGUCAGCCCUCCAGGAAGAUCCAGACCCUCCCGGCUCCUCCUGACAUGGCCCCGGCCAACGUCACCCUGCGCACCGCCAGCGAGACCAGCCUCUGGCUACGAUGGAUGCCUCUGCCCGAAUGGGAGUACAACGGGAACGCCGAGCAGGUGGGCUACAAGGUUCAGUACUCCCGUGCAGGCUCGCAGGGCCGGGCGCUGAUCCACGUUAUCGCCGACCGUCUGGAGAGAGAAUUCACCAUCGAGGACCUGGAGGAGUGGACCGAGUACGAGGUCAGGGUCCAGGCUGUCAACGGCAUCGGGAUCGGGCCCUGGAGCCAGCCGGUCAGGGGCCGGACCAGGGAGUCUGUCCCCUCCAGUGGACCCACCAACGUGUCCGCCUUUGCCACCACCUCCAGCAGCAUCCUGGUGCGCUGGUUUGAAGUCCCAGAGCCAGACAGGAACGGCCUCAUUCUGGGCUACAAGGUGGUGUAUAAAGAGAAGGACUCUGACAGCGCCGUUCACUUCUGGACGGUGGAGGGAAAUGCCACCCACAGCGUCCAGCUGACCGGUCUGGGGAAAUAUGUGCUGUAUGAGAUCCAGGUUCUGGCCUUCACCAGGAUUGGAGAUGGACGGCCCAGCUCUCCACCCAUCCUGGAGAGGACUCUGGAUGAUGUUCCCGGACCUCCGGUGGGUAUCCUGUUCCCUGAAGUGCGAACCACCUCGGUCCGGCUCAUCUGGCAGUCCCCCGCUCAGCCCAACGGCAUCAUCCUGGCCUACCAGAUCACGUACCACCUCAACUCCACCAACAGCAACACGGCCACAGUGGACGUCCUGAACCCCAGCGCUCGCCAGUACACCGUCACCGGCCUCAAGCCGGAGUCCGUCUACGUGUUCCGCAUCACGGCGCAGACGAGGAAGGGCUGGGGCGAGGCGGCCGAGGCUUUGGUGGUUACCACGGAGAAAAGAGCUCGUCCCCAGCCCACCAGCCGUCCCAUGGUCCCUCAGAAGGACGUCCAGGCCCGCCAGGUGCUGCUUUCGUGGGAGCCGGGCAGCGACGGAUUGUCCCCGGUGCGUUACUACACCGUGCAGCUGAGAGAGCUUCCUGCGAGCAACUGGACGGUCCACUCUGCAUCCGUCAACCACGAGGCCUCAUCCUACAUCGUAUCCAGGCUGAAGCCCUUCACCUCGUACCAGUUCAGAGUCAAAGCCACCAACGACAUUGGAGACAGCGAAUACAGCGAGGAGAGCGAGGCCAUCACGACUCUACAGGACGCGCCCGACGAAGCGCCCACAAUACUUUCCGUCACGCCGCACACGACGACGUCGGUGCUGAUCCGCUGGCAGCCCCCCUCUGAGGAGAAAAUCAAUGGAAUCUUACUGGGCUUUCGGAUUCGAUACCGCGAGCUGCUGUACGACCGUCUCCGCAGUUACAUCCAUACGCUCAGCAGUGCGUCCACCUGGGCCGAGCUCACCGCCCCCUACAGCAUCCGAAACCUGAGCGACGCAACCCUGGCGCAGUACGAGUUGGACAAGCUCAGUAAACACAAGCGCUAUGAGAUCCGCAUGAGCGUGUACAACGCCGUGGGCGAGGGUCCAAGCAGCCCGCCGCAGGAGGUGUUUGUGGGAGAAGCAGUGCCUACAGCUCCUCCCCAGAACGUGGCCAUUCAGUCUGCAACAGCCACCCAGCUGGACGUGACCUGGGACCCUCCACCUGUAGACGCACAGAACGGAGACAUCCAGGGCUACAAGAUUUACUUUUGGGAGUUCCAGCGUAAGAAUGAGACGGAGCGUCUGCGGACUCUGUUCAUGCCUGAAGGAGGGGUGAAGCUGAAGAACCUGACGGGUUACACCACCUAUAUGAUCAGCAUAGCUCCCUUCAACGCUGCAGGGGAUGGACCCCGGAGCCCCCCGACGAGGGGACGCACUCAGCAAGCAGCUCCCAGUGCUCCCAGCUUCAUUCACUUCAGUGAGCUGACCACCACCUCCGUCAACGUGUCCUGGGGCGAGCCCACCUUCCCCAACGGGAUCAUCGAGGGCUACCGUCUGGUGUACGAACCCUGCACACCUGUAGAUGAGUCUUCAGUGGCCUGUGCCGACUGUCUUCACUCCCCCUCCCCCCCAGGCGUCAGUAAGACGGUGACGGUGGACGUGAAGGGGAGCGGACCCCUCUGGCUCAAGCUCAAAGACCUGGCCGACGGCGUCACGUACAACUUCCGCAUCCGGGCCAAAACUUUCAUCUACGGGCCCGAGGUGGAAGCCAACAUCACCACCGGACCGGGCGAAGGAGCCCCCGGACCCCCAGGAGAACCCUCUAUAACACGCCACAGUUCGGCUCUGACCAUCCAGUGGAGAGGCGGGGAUCCGGGUCGAGCUCCAAUAACGCGCUACGUCAUCGAGGCCAGACCCUCAGAUGAGGGCUUGUGGGAUAUCUUAAUCAAGGACAUCCCCAAGGAUGCGACGUCGCACACGUUCAACAUGGACAUCCUGAAGCAGGGGGUCAGUUAUGACUUCCGGGUAAUUGGAGUGAACGACUACGGCUAUGGCUCUCCCAGUCUACCUUCUCCCUCUAUAUCCGCCCAAAAAGUGGCUCCUUUCUACGAGGAGUGGUGGUUCCUGGUGGUGGUGGCUCUGGUGGGACUCAUCUUCAUCCUGCUGCUGGUUUUCAUCCUCAUUAUCAGGGGACAGAGCAAGAAAUAUGCAAAAAAGUCUGAAUCAGGUAACAACUCCAACUGCAACGCCUUGACCCACGGAGACAUGGUGAGCCUGGACGAGGGCCGCUUCCCCGCCCUGGAGCUCAACAACCGACGUCUGUCUGUGAAAAACUCUUUCUGCCGCAAGAACGGCGUCUACACCAGGUCUCCUCCCAGGCCCAGUCCAGGCAGCCUUCACUACUCAGACGAGGACGUCAGCACCAAGUACAACGAUCUGAUCCCUGCAGAGAGCAGCAGCCUCACCGAAAAGCCCUCUGAGAUCUCUGACUCUCAGGAGGCGCUGGUGUUUUCAUAUGGGACAGGUGGCCUACAUACACUUCCACUGCAUUUGGGCAGCGACAGCGAGUACGAGGUGGAUCCCAACCGGCAGAAGACCCACUCCUUCGUCAACCACUACAUCAGCGACCCCACCUACUACAACUCGUGGCGCCGCCAACAGAAAGGCAUAUCUCGGGCGCAGGCCUACAGCUACACGGAGUCCGAGUCGGGAGACCCGGAUCACUGCGCCCCGCCGCCGCUGCCUCCUCUACCUCCGCUGCCACCCCAGCUCAGCUCCCCCAGCCCCCAGCCUCAGCAGGCCCAGGGCCAGCCCCAGGGCCAGGGCAGCCUCUUUAGGCCCAAAGGCAGCCGGACUCCCACCCCUUCCCAGCAGAGCUCCAACCCCCCCAGCCAGCACAGCACCCUUUACAGGCCCCCAAGCAGCCUAGCCCCCGGCUCACGGGCUCCCAUCGCUGGCUUCUCCUCCUUUGUGUGAAAAAUGCUGAAAAAGGACAUUGAAACUUCUGGAAAUAUCUACCCAGCUCGUGUUGAAGGAGAACAUAGCAUUGUAUAAUGCACAGUCAGCCCAAUCAAGUCAUCCACAUCCCUUUAUUUUCAUUACUUUUUUGUUUUUUUGUCUGUUAUUUUUCUUUAGCCAGCCUGGAUAUAUGCAGAACAUCAGACUUUUUGGAGCACUUUUUCUUGUUUGUUUGUUUAAUGUGUGGAAGUGUGCCAGUGUAGACUUUGAUUUUUCUCACCGGUUGAUAAAAUAUUCUCUGCAACAUCCACUCACUUUUAUUUUGCUUUUGAACUACGUGCAUGGUUUUUGCUUAUCAUUUAUUUCCUCCUUGUCUUUUUUGUUGAUACUUGUUUUGGAUCGCAGUCAGUGGUAUUCUGUUUGAUUCUGUACAAAGUCACAAGAAUCUUUGAAAAACACACGCGCAUAUAAAUAUAUACAUAUAUAUAUAAAUAUAUAUAUAGUAGACGUACCUAGAAGACAAAAUCAAUCAGUGCAAACUCUGCUCUGAUGGAGACUGAUAUCACAAUAUGAUGGAGCCAUAUAAUGGAAGAGAAAGGACAAGAGUUUGUUGGGACUGGAUGUAAAAACAACAAAAAAAGGGAAGUGGUAAAGGAGAGACGCAGAGGUGGAAUUCAUGCCAAAUUGAAGAAAUUUUAAUGUGCUGGCCAGGAGAGGUUAAAAAUGGACACUGAAGAAACAAUCAUGCAUUUCCAUGGAAACAGCUCUCUGGCCUUCAGCACACAAAUCCAUAGAACAACGUGUGGGUCAGAUGUCAGCGACUGUGCUGAGCCGGAGGGACCCUGCAGAUAUAUGGGAGUGAGUGUAUAUCUGUCCAAGUGAAAGUGUCUAAGUCUUUUCUUGUGAGUGUGUUACAGUGGAUCAAAGAUGCCUUGAUAGAGAAACACUUAUUUAUGAUAUCUGGCACCAGAUGUGACUGAACUGCUGACGGUGCCCUUGACUGUGGCAUCGCGACGGCCCCGCACUUACAAGAGCCUUCUUUUCAGUCCCGACAGAUGUGGGCCGUGAACUGACUUGCAUACACAACCCAUGUUUCAUAUUUCACCCUUUGCUGGCUCACAUAUAAACACAUCAGUCUACUGAAACGCUUCGAAACCUAAGAGGCGAAAGCUGUCGACGGCGGGGAGGACUGUCACACGUGGGCGCCGCCGCUGGUUCUGCCUAAAUGUAAUGAUUUUGAUAAGAGAUUUUUUUUCUUUCCCGUUCCCUCCCUGCUUGGAUAACUCUUCCCUGCCACUGAUCACGAUCACCGGGCAGCGCUGAGCCUGCGCCAAGAGAUGAUGUCAUGGAAUUGCCUCACCUCUCCCCCCUCCUUCCUUCUUUUGUGUAAUCAACCACUCUGUACUAUUCAGGUGUGACUGUGCUGUCCACGAUGCCGACGCGUGUGUGCGUGCUUACACUACUCGUGCGUAAGCUUUUACAGAUCAUUUCACUGUGUGUCUGUUUAUAAAGAGAUUGUCCUGCAGCAAACUGUAAAACCUGCCUGGAGUGAGCGCCACAGGGGGCUUCGGCGCCGUCCGAGCCUCCUGCCAGGCGAGCUCACAACGCUAUAGUGAAGACUCAGUGGUGUGUUUCUAGUUUCCAUAGUUCCAAAACAAAAAUGCAAAAAAAAAUGUCAUCUAUUUUUUUUCUUUCUCUCUGUGGGGUGAUUUCAUUGUACGCAACAAAAGCUUAUCAUGCAGAAUCUGAAUGAAUAUAUGAUCACAGUACAUUUCUGAAAUAAAUUAUUUUUCAAUGUUG